CGCACAAGCAAACUAGCUGCGGUUGUUUUGGACUUGCCUCUUGUCCUGAGAAAUCUGAAGUAAAGGAACAGCUGCUGCAUGCUACCUGUUGGUGCAGUCAGGCAAAGUGCAGCAGACUGGAUGUGACCCCGUGACCCCCCGUUGCCAGGGAGACAGAGUUGGGCCCAUGGCUGCUGGCGCUGUGGUUGGAGAGAACCAACUCCAGAGGAUUAUCAGAGAUCUGCAUGAGGCUGUUGCAGAGCUUGCUAAGGAGUACAGGGAAAGUGGAGAGCCAAUCACAGAUGACAGCACCAACCUGCACAAGUUCUCCUACAAACUGGAGUAUCUGCUGCAGUUUGAUCAAAAGGAGAAGACCACGUUUCUUGGAACCAGGAAGGACUACUGGGAAUACUUCAGUGACUGCCUGGCCAAGAUUAAAGGAGCCAAUGAUGGGAUUCGUUUUGUCAAAUCCAUCACUGAACUGAAGACGUCUCUAGGGAAGGGGCGAGCUUUUAUUCGGUAUUCGCUUGUGCAUCAGCGAUUGGCCGACACGCUGCAGCAGUGCCUGAUGAACCAGAGGAUCACCAGCGACUGGUACUAUGCACGCAGCCCCUUCUUGAAGCCCCACCUAAGUGUUGACAUUAUCAGUCAUCUGUAUGAGCUCAAUGAGGUCCAAUUUGAUGUGGCUUCCAGGGGUCAUGACCUUGAUGCAUCAUGGCCCACUUUUGCAAGGAGGACGAUGGGUUUGCCGAACUCACCUGGCCACAUGUGGAAACCACCCAGUCGCAGUUCCAGCAUUAACAGUUUGGCCAGCAGCUAUUCCCAGCAAGCCCAUGAAUUCCCCUCUAGUCCGGACUAUGGCCGAGGCUUGCUGAGCCAGUUGAAUGAGUCGCUCCCUGCCGGUAGUGAAGACGUCUGUACAGUGGAGGACCUCCGUCUUGAGCUGGACCAGUCAGAACUGAAGCAGCAUGAGCUCCUGGAUCGGGUGCAGCAGCUGGGGGAGGAAGCUGCUGAGCUCAGAGGAGUGGUGGUGGAGCUCCAGAGGCAGCUGGAUGUGUCUUUAACCGCCCAAGAGGAGCAGCAGGGGUUGCAGGGAGCACUUAAGGCCCUGGAGAGGAGAGAGGAGGCCCUUUCUAGGGAGCUGGAAGCACUCAGGGUUGGGGAGAGGGCCAGGGAUGCUGAGCAACGAAUGCUCCUGGAUAAAUUGGCUGCUGCUGAGGGGAAGAAUAUAGAGCUGCUGGCUAAAUUGGAUGGGGUACUGAACGAGAAGGGCCAGCAGGCUACUAGUUACUUUGAUUCAGCACAGAAAAUACAUGAAUUGCUGGAUAGGCUGAAAGAGGCAGAGAGGGGGAAGAUGGAGGCUGUCGCUGAAGUGGAAGAGAGGAGAAGGCAGGUGGAAAGGCUUGAGGAGGAGCUAAGAGGGAAGGAAGCAGUUGCAAAAGAAAGCGAGUCAAAACUUGGCUCAUUAUUAGCCUGUUGCACUGAGGAGAAAGCCAGGUUGGAGGUGCAAGUGGAGGAACAAUGCACUGCCAUCAACAAGCUGCAGGGGGCCCUGACUGUGAGGGAAAAAGAGGCUAGCAACUUGCAACGGCAGCUUCAGGACCUCCAGAGAUGCUUAGAGGAGAAGGAGAAAGAGGUCGAGGAUGUCAAAAGGAGAGCCCAGGAAGACAAAGAGGAGAGUCAGAGGAACAUUUAUUGUUUAAAGGAGUUUUCAGAAAGGGAGGCCACUGUUCUGAAGGAGCAGCUGAAAAGCAAAGAAACUGAGCUGACCUCAAGCAGCCAGAAACUACAGAAGCUAGAAGUCAUGAGCCAGAGCCUUACCACUGAGAAAGACAGCCUCAUCAUGAACCUCUCUGAACUGGAGGGCAGUGUCAAGGAGCAGGCCAAGAAAGUAGAAGACUACAAAACGCAGUGCACUAAUCUGAUGGAACUAAAUGGGAAACUUCUGUCCACAGUGAAGAGGAAUGAGGAGCUAAAGAGGGAGAUGGCAGAGAGCAGAACCGCAAUUGAGGUUGAACUGGCUACUCUGAGAGCUUCUGAAAAACAGCUUAGAGGCCAGUUUGAUGAUGCCAAAGUGAGCGUGGAUGAGAAAGAGAAGAGGCUGCGUGAGGAAAAUCGCUCACUGGAUGAGAGUCUGCAGCGAGCAACUAUGGCUGCACAGCUCUCAGAGACAACAUCAAAGCACUUAGAGCAGGAGAACCAGGGUCUUAGAGAAGAGCAGGCCACUGUGAAAGCAGCUCUGAGCUCCAUGCAGGUGGAGCUGAAGACCAUCCAUGGUCAGAUUGAAGAGUUAGAGAAGAGCUUGGGAGCAUCACGCAAGAAUGAAGCCAGCCUUCAGGAACAGCUGCGGGCCAAAGAAACCCAGUUGGAAAAUAAAGAGAGUAGGGUUACUGAGCUUCACUCUAGGGUAAAAGCUCUUGAGGCUAGGGAAAAAGAACUGGAGGCAGAAAAGGUGCUAGCAGAAGCAGCUUGUGCUAAACAGACAGAAGUGGUUCAGAGGGUGACCUCUGAGAAGCAGGCAGUGGAAAAAUCUCAGCUUGAGAAGAGCACCCUCCAAGUCAAGGAGAACCAGGAAGUAACUGCCAAAUUGAUGAUGGUAGAGAGCCAGCUGGAAGUAAACAUGAAAGAAGUGUCCAGGCUCCAAGCAGAGGUCCUGGACCUCAGAGUGCAUUUACAGAGAUCUGAGGAGAAGAAGCUGGAAACCCAAGCCCAGCUAGAGGUGAAAGAGGCCCAGAGAGAUGAGCUACAAACUCUGACUGAGCAACUUAAAGCCCAAACCGAGGCACUGAAUCAGAGCCAUGUAGAUGAGCUCAUUCAGAACAAGAGAAAAGAAGAGUCAUUGAUUGAGGACCGUGACCGCGAGGCAGCUGCCCGUGCAGAAUUGGCUACUUGUGAGGCUGCCAACCGAGAGUCACUGGCCAUCCUCAAGGCUGAAAAUGAGAGGCUGGCCCUUGAGAACAGUGAAACUCGAGAAAGUCUGAACCGGGCCAACACAGAGAUGGCGGAGCUGGGGAUGACCAUUUGCAAACUGACUGCAGAAAGAGAGGAGGCCAGGGGUUGCUUGACAAGGGAAGCUGCCAGGACUGAGGAACAGGAGGAUUGCGCUAGUAAGGAGGUGGAAAAUCUGGAAGCCUGCAUGGCAACUCUGCAUCAGGAGAACAACAGUCUGAGAGAGAAGCUAACACAGAUAGAGAAACUUUCAGGGAUAAUAGUGGAGCUCCAGGAGAAGCUGAUGAAGGCAGAAAACCAAACCAAAGUCCUCCAGGAUGCAGGCCGAGAGGAGGUGGAGGCUAUCAAGUUUCAAAUGAGCUCAGAGAGCAUGAGUCAUCAAAACCAAAUCAAGAGACUGACGGAGCAGUUGGCUGGCGUGAAUGCCCUGCUGCAGCUGGAGCAGGGGACUGUGUUGAGUCUGGAGGCCAAAGUUUCUGAGCUGGAGGCUGUGAAUGAGCGGUACUCACACCAGAUCGUUGAGAAAGACGCUCACAUCACAAAGUCCGAAGCUGCGGUUCGCCAGAGCGAGGAAGAGAUUGAGAAACUGCGAGACUCUGUCAAGAGUGCCGAAGAUGGACUCUCAGCCGUGCAAAACGUCAGCGAGGAGCUCAAACAAAAGCUUGACAGAGCCGAGGCCGACAGGCAGACCCAUCACCUCAAAAUGGCCGCCGAAAUUGAUGACCUCAGCAGAACCAAGGGCAACCUUGAAGAGCGGCUCAUUGAGCUCAUAAAGGACAAGGACGCCCUAUGGCAGAAGUCGGAUGCCCUGGAGUUUGAGCAGAAGAUUCGAGCAGAGGAGCGCUGGUGGCUCGUGGACAAGGAAGCCACUCACUGCCUCGGCUGCCAGGGCCAGUUCACAUGGUGGCUGCGCAGACACCACUGCAGGUUGUGUGGGCGCAUCUUCUGUUACUACUGCAGUAACAACUUUGUGUUGACCAAACACAGUGGCAAGAAGGAGCGCUGCUGCAAGGAGUGUUACACCCAACACAGUGCCGUGGUGGAAAGGUUCACAGAGGCUGAGCUGAGUCCCUCCGACAUACAGCCACCUCCACCCGGAGCUGAGUACCAGUCACACCCUGCUCCUGCUCCUUAUAAACUCCUCCCCAGAGUAACAGUGUCGGACCCGAGCAGCAACAGCAGAUCUGAUGAUGGAGUGUUUGACAUCAUCACAGAGGAGGAGGUGAACGACAUCUAUGACAGCGAUACCAUGUCUCAGACAACUGGGGAUUCCCUAGAAGGAGAACAGGACACAGGGGCUACAGCAGUUCCUGAAGUAUGCACUGGAGAGACGACCCCUGACGACCCAGAAGAACAUGUGCCCACUGUCCAGGAUUCAGAGAUCAACCUUCUCAAAUCAGGAGAAGUCACGGUGGCGGUCCCGCUCAACAUUGACGGCAUUUCUCAGUUUGGGGACAGUUCUCGGGAACUCUUCAUCAAGUCCAGCUGCUACAGUCUCAUCACCAUCACGCUGGAUGAGCCGGGGCCCACCAUUAGCUGGAUGUUUUCCUCCGAGCCCAAAAGCAUCUCCUUCAGUGUAGUGUACCGAGAAACCUCGGACGUCCCGGUGGAACAGUCCAAGGUGCUGAUCCCCCUUACUCGCUGCAACGCCCAUAAAGAGAACAUCCAAGGGCAGCUGAAAGUCAGAAACCCCGGGCUCUACACACUCGUCUUUGACAACUCCUUCUCACGGUUCAUCUCCAAGAAGGUCCUAUACCACCUGGCGAUUGAGAAGCCUGUCAUCUACGACGGAAGUGACUUUCCAUGAAGCAGCACCACAUGUGCAGCCAGGCUGAAGCAAGGCAUUGUGGGAUGCUGUGUCCGUUUGUUUUUUUAACCGAUUCCUUUUCCUUUUUUUAUUUUUAGGUUCAGUUACUUUUUUAGGCUUUUGUUUCAACCCCCCACCCCCACCCGAGUACUGUUUACUUGUGUUACUGAACUCUAAAUUUGAGUCCCUACCGUCAUUUAACACUUGUUCAUGUUUUGAAGUGCGUUCAUGUUUUUAGUUUUCUAAACGAGUUGUCGUCAUGGCAACGAUAGAAAUGUAAGCGAACUAAAUAAGAGGGAGAAUGUUUAUGCAAAUGUUGUGUUUUACCGUUAGCACAAGCACCGUGUCGUGAGCAACAGUCAUCCAGACCGGCGAGGCUCAUGAUCUUACGCGUCAAAGCGAGUUUUUAACCUACGAGUUUUUGUGUUUUAUCAACCGUUUCCCUUCGACUCGGAGCUUCGAACCCGAAUAAGCUGUUCAGAGAAUGCAAAAGGGACGACGGACAGCGUCAGUUGUUCGUGGCAGUAAAUUGAAACCAAACAGCUCGCCCAUCCGACCCAAGUUAAUUAAGGCGGGACGAAGCGGGACCCUGAGGGUGGACGACUCAGUACAUAUACUCUGCAAAUCUCUCAGGGAACGGGGACUCAGAUUGUCUCCCACCGGGAGCGGUCGGCUCGUCAAGCGUGUCCUUGUGUCGUUUGUCAGCUGGAUGUCGCCAUCUGAACCGGCAUGUGAGGACGUAGGACGUCUGCUAUCCCAUUUGUGUGACCUAAUGAAAGAUGGAGCUCCUCCACACAGGGGUUGAGUAGUAGAGCGUAGUAGUUUAGUGCGGAUGUGACGUAGCUGACUUGUCAGUCAGGGAUGAUCCAUUUUCAAAGUGCCAACUGGCUCCCGUUGCCAGAGAUUGACAACCUGAUGUAGGUGUAAGUUUUGUACCUUAUUUUAAAGGACACCUAGAGCAGUUUCUUAUACAGGGACUCGGUAGCACUAGAUGACUUGUGAAUUAGUGAUGCACCAUGUCAGACAAUCACACGAAAAGGUUUUUGCUCAGUUUGAUUUUUUUCCAGUUCCGUGCAACAAUAACAUAUGCAAAUGAGUUUUAUUUCUUAUUGAGCACUUGAUUCAACUCCUUUGGAUAACCAUGACCUGGAUGAAUGAGAACAUUCACAGACAUCUUAUCGAUCACGUUUAUUGGUGAGGGUAUGGAUGAUUUCUUGUGAACAUUUAUGGGACAAAUGGGACAGCGUAGCGCGGGGGGGUUGAAUGCGGUACCGGGCGGAUGUGUGAGGUCAUGGGUCCUGAGUGUUGCCCUCGUUCUUACUAGCUGGGUGUAGCGGUCUCGUGGUCGUGUUCGUUAUCCUGUUGGCUUGGUUCAUUGAUGCUUGAGUUUUUUGUUUUACUUUUAAUAGGGGUGGUUAAACCGAGAUAGGGCGUCUACAGUUAUAUUGGGUUUAAUUAGGAAUUUGUGAACGGCUGUGAAAAUGUCGUUGAGAUCCGAGUCCAUAGCGUUGCAGAUUUUUUUUUGUUUGCUCAUAUAUAAUAAUCAGUUAUUCAAAAACGACAAUCGCACAAGGUGACAAGCUUUCAUGUGUCACUUUACACUAUGUCAUAAGAUGCUCCCCUCCACAUCCUUUAUCACAAGUAGUCGAGUUUGUCCUGUUCUCUGUGAUUCACGUGUUUUCAGUAUUGUGUGCUGAUGGUAUUGACAUUUUCUAUCUCCUACCCUCAAAGCAAUUAAGAAGCAACGACUUCGGUCACUCUCACUAAUUUCGCAAUGCACUUCCUAAGACAGCACGAGCGCAACACUGCUGGUUUUGUAGAGCUCCGUUUGCAAUUCAAAGUGACUUUUGUAUUCUUUGAUUAGUGUAUAUUUGGACAAUUUGUACACAAGAUGCAUUUUAUCUACAGAAUUGCACUUUAAGGUUUCUGAGAAAAGGUGUUAAAAAUAUUUUAAAGUUAAUCUGUUACUUUUAUAUGGCAUUUGUCAAAGACACCAUGCAGGGACAGAUUUUCUACUCGUUCUUAUGGACAGAUUAACUUGUGGGAGUGAAAGCCUCCCUGCAAACACUAUGCAGCCUGUAAUAGACCUGUCACACACAGUAAAUAUGAAUAAAAUAGGUGCCUCUCG